UAUAAGCUCAUUUUUUUCACCGAGUGUCACAACAAAAUCACCUGUCGAUUCACACAAUCAGCUACUGGUGAAUUUAAAAAAAAAUGGCAUCCAAAAUUUUAAUUUCACUUGGAAUAUUUCUAACUAUUUAUGUUAGUUGUAUAUCCGCUCAUCCAUUCAAUUUUUCUGACGAAAGUCAAAGCUGUGUUCCGGUUUCAGGAAUCUGCCAUCGAAUAGGAUCAGAAGUUAUUAAGCCAUGUUGUAAUAAAUUCGAUCGCUGUUUUGCUUCAGUAUCUGAACCCUUGUCUCGUUGUGGUGGUGACGGAUUACUCGGCAGCAGUUGUAACGAUUCUUUCCAAUGUUCGAAAGUUCAGGGUGCAACUUGUGAAAACGGAGUAUGUACUUGCGGAAAAGAUGCUACUGAGUACACAAGACAUAGAUGUAAACCAAAUCACAUGUCCCCGAAAGUUACAUGGAUUAGCAAGAAAUAAUUUAUAACUGCUUAAAAAUUAAUUCGCAUACUUACGAUAUAUAUUUUGAGUAUAUAUAAUGAUAUAUAAAUUGUAUUCCAACA